AUGGCUAACGAAAAGAGUUUGAUAGGUUCUUCAUUAUCUAUGCCAACUAUGAAGAAUCUCUUUUUGGAAGAAGGUAAUGGAAAGAAUUUAACAUAUUCUCCAUUAUCAAUAUAUGUUGCUUUAGGACUAUUAGCUUCUGGAGCGAAAGGUGAGACACUAAAUCAGUUAUUAUGGUUUUUAAAAUCUGAAAAUCUUGAAUGUCUUCAUAGUUUUUGUUCUCAGUUUAUGAAUUCAUUGAAUAGUAUUUUGGUAAACAAACUAAUAUGGGGCAACUAUGGAGGACUCGAGUUGUCAUGUGUUAAUAGUGUUUUGGUUGAGAAAUCAUGUGUCCUAAAUCCAAAAUUCAAAGAGGUUGCCAACUCAAUAUUUAAAGCAGAAGCACGAGCUGUGGAUUUUAGAUUUAAGGCUAAUGAAGUGAGACUGAUUGUGAACCAAUGGGUCGAACAGAAAACUAGCGGGUUAAUCAAAGAUCUAAUUCCAGAAGGAUUAGUAGAUAGUGACACAAAGAUUGUGCUGGUGAAUGCACUCUAUUUCAAAGGAUCAUGGUGUCCGGAUCAGUUUGAUAAAGGCUUAACCAGGAACUCGGGUUUUUAUUUACUUGAUGGGCAUUCCUCUGUUGAAGUCCCAUUUAUGUUUAGCGGAAAGGAAAACCAAUAUAUAUUGUGUCACGACGGCUUCAAAGUACUCAAACUCCCGUACAAAUUACAAGCACAAGCAACGGUUAGUACUAGUAGUCAACAAUUUUCAAUGUAUAUAGUUUUACCAGAUGAACGCAAUGGACUUGGCGAAUAG